UGAACGUUGAACGCAGGUAGUCAAACAAUAUGCAAGCUUACGUGUGUUACGUCAUAUGAGAGAACCCGUCAACUAACAACGUCUGUUCGUUGACAUUUAGAAGCCGAGACAGCGGUAUACCUGGUCAACAAUUAAUUGGCGAUAUUGUCAUAUUGAGCACCGAUUGUGAGAUAAAAUAAUAUAAGUUAAAUGCAGAAAUCACAAAAUGACAAAGGAGAAAAAAAAAAACAAAACAUUGCAAACAACAAGCAAAUACAAAUACAAACACUUUUUGCGGAAUUCUUGCUUUUAUUUCUGCUGUUCUUUAUUUACAGUGGCGGCACUUUUCUCCACCGCCCCUCCCGUGCACACAAACAAGUCACCGGUAUUUACAGAAAGCAUACCCAAAACUCAGCUGUUUGAUAAUUAGCAAAUCGCUCACUGUUUGUCUCCACGCUGUGCUUCGGUGCCAGACUAUGCUUCACUUUUACUGCCGGUUACCACUUUUUGUUUUUAGUUUAUUUUAUUUAUCAAAAAUAGUUUUUACGCUGAUAAUAAUUAAGUCAGUUGGGUCAGUUAAUAUGUAAGUUGCCAGAAUUAGCUCAGUAUCGAGCAUAUUGUCGGCCAGAAGGCACUCAAUGGAAGUGAAAAAGAGAGAGCUAAAAAAACAGUACAGUGUAAGCGGAAGGGGGUUACUGUAGAACAGUAGCUGCCAGUUGCGCUCAGUAAGGUUCGUAAAUGGCGCGCUGCGAUCGGCCAUAUAAUACAUACACUCGUACAUAUUGCACCGCUGGACAGCUGACAGUGGCAGUAGUGAGCUGAGCACGCUUUAAAGCACAGAAAAUACAUAUAUAAACUUUCAAUGGGAUCAUGAGAUUUUCAGUUAAUUUUUGAAAUUCGUAAACGGCGGUUGACGCGCACAAGCAAAGUGAAAUAGCAAGGAUAAUAACUCUUAAAUAAAGAUCGAAAUAAUAUUUUAGUUGCGUUAGUUUGUGUUUCUCGUGUCAUCGCGUAUCUCGCAUUUCUUGCAGCAGAUCUAUCAACUUGAUUGCUUUUAAAGGAAUAAAAAAUACAAAAAUUAUUAUAAAUUAGAUUAAAAUUAAAAUUAAUCAAAUAAAAAUCUCAAUUGUAACUUUUUGAAUAAACAAAAAACAACAAUAAAUACAAAAUGCAACAAAUUAAAAAUAUAAGAAAACUAACGGGCUUCCUGUUGCUGGCGUGCAUAGUACAAGCAUGCCACAGCGCCACAGUCGCCUCUACCACACCACUGAUGUGUUAUGUUUGCGAAGAUUGUGCGAAAGUUACAAAAGAAACACCACUCGAAGCAUGCGAUGCGAAAUUCUUCGAAGAGAGCAGCACCACACUGGAACCCACCACAGAGCCAACCACGACCACAACAACUGAGCCAACAAUGGACAGCACAACCACCACCACAAUCGGCACAACACUUGCCACAACAACCACAGACAGCACCGAGGUGACUACCACCGAAGGCACCACUACCGAAGCAGUGCCGACAGCACCUACCGUGGGUCCACCAGUAACCGUGCCCACACCACCUAAUGUAGGCACCGUUGCUGCUGAUUUUUUGAUCGCCACUGAAGUGACCAUCAGCAAUAACAGCACCGAGAGUACAGUUAGCUAUGAAGCACCCAAAGCGUUGCCACUUGUUAGCGGCACUUACACCUACCACUGCUUCAGUGUGCAAAAGGAAGUUAACGGCAGUGUACAGAUGGAACGUGGCUGCUCGCGUGUCACCACCAUGGAAAGCGUUUGCGGUCAGCUGAAGGCGCUGAAUAACGGUACUGAACUGAGCAAGUGCAUACCCUGCUCGAAUAACAGUUGUAACGGCAGCAGCGCACUGGGCGUUUCAAUGGCCGCGUUGGUGUUCACGUUGAUUGCUGCACUGCUGAGCCGGCAAUAAUGCGUCGUGUUGUGCUCGUAAAUGCCGUUAAUGGCACAUACGGACAACUGACAGUGUGUGUAGUGACGUUGGUUUAAACCAAAUAAACAAAAAUUUGGCCAAUUGAAUGGUGGAACGUUAAAAGAUAUAUACUUAUGUAUUUAAAGAUGUUUACAAAUAAUUUAGUUUGUAUUUGGAAUUAAGUACGAAAAUCAUGCAAAUCGAAAUAUUUAAAUUUAGAAUUUUACCAAAAUCCUUAUUGUUAGCUAUAUUUUAAUUUUGUUUCCUAGGUUAACAAAUGAUUUUUACAAAAUAAAAACAAAAAUGAAAAUUAAGCGAAACAAAGUAAUGUGUACAGAACUUUUUAUUAACACUCUAAUUAUUUUAUUCUAAGCGCACAUUGGCGGAUAGAACGAAGAUGUCAAAAUAAUUUUUGUUACAACACCAAAAAAUUUAUCGCAAAUAAAGUAAAAUAAAAGUUA